GAGCCUGGCUGUGGCUCCUUCUUCACCCGUCCCCCAGUCUCUCUAGGAGAGGAGGAGGGUCGUAGCGUCAAAGACCGGUUAUCCAGAUGCCGAGGCCACUGUGGCCCCGAUGCCCCAGUCAGAGGCAGGGGCGGGUCUAGAAUGUGAGGGUCUGGCCCUGAGCAAAAAGGCCGCUGAGGGCCUGCUUCAGUCUUCCUUCACAAGAAAACGGGGCCAAGCCCCUUCCCUCUGCCCUCGAGGUACUUGAAGUCUGGCCCCAUCCUGGUCCCAAUGCACUUUUGGUGGCCUCCUUUCCCCAGCUGCCCGCCCGCCACCAAGCCCCUCCUGCCGCCGCUGCGCCUAUGCCGUCUGUGGCCACGCAGCCCUCCUACUCGGCCCCUUGGAGCGGCUGCCGGGCAGCGGUCCAGCCCCAGUAAUUAUUAUGAACUGUUGGGGGUGCAUCCUAGUGCCAGCACUGAAGAAGUUAAAAGAGCUUUCUUCACCAAGUCCAAAGAGCUGCACCCCGACCGGGACCCUGGGAACCCAACCCUGCACAGCCGCUUUGUGGAGCUGAGUGAGGCAUACCGUGUACUUAGCCGUGAACAGAGCCGCCGCAGCUAUGACCACCAGCUCCGUUCAGCCAGCCCCCCAAAGUCUCCAGGAAACACAGCCCACCCCAAGUCUGCUCGACAAACACACAGCAGUUCCUGGGCACCCCCCAAUGCAGAAUACUGGGCCCAAUUUCAUGGCAUGAGGCCGCAAGGGCCCAAAUCCAGGCAGCAGCAAUAUAAACACAACCAACGAGUGCUGGGAUACUGUCUCCUGCUUAUGCUGGCAGGAAGUUGGAACAGAUGCACCGGAGCUUCAUGGACGAAAAGGAUAAGAUCAUCACAGCUAUCUACAAUGACAGGAGGGCUCAGGCCAGGGCCAAUAGAGCCAGGCUCCAGCAGGAGCAACGGGAAAAGCAGCAGUAGCCUGCAGAAACCGCCACCACCAGGGCCUCCCCAAGACCCUGGGAUCAUGUUUCUGAGGAGCUCACCUGGGUGGGGCCUGCUGUGUUCCCUCCAGACUUCCUUCCUAGGACUCCCCACAACCCAAAACUUGCAAUAAAGUGAUUUUCAGAGGUCA